AUGUGGCCCUUUGACGCCGUCGACUGGCUUAUGCUCCUGAUCCCCUUCGCCUACCUCUUCAUCCUGAUCGGCUCGCUCACAGUCUUCUCAUCGCUAUAUCGCAAGCGUCAAGCAGCCGCCGCGUCCUCCCUGGAGCCAUGGUUCCCACAGCACAUCCAGCGCAACAUCUACCUGUCGCUGCUGCACCAGGAAGACCCUAAAGUCCCGGACAGCAUUCUGAAGGCUGCGCUCCUGCGCCGCGCAACAGAAGACAUCCACCGCAUUGUCCAGAUCAGGAACGCGAAACAGGCACUCCAAGUUCUUCUGCAGCGAGGCAGCGUUGGCGACGAUCUGUGGAAGCGAUUUGAGCGUGCCGAGAAGGAAAUUGAGGAGGAGCUCAGAGACGUUGUGCAAGAGGCCAACGCGUUCGCGCCCAACUGGGGCCAGACCAUCUUCCAGUCCGCCUCUGAAAUGGCCCAGAACAACCACAUCCGCGAGCGUCUAGACGAGAUUCUCGCCAAAGCGCCCAAGGAAUCGCAGUGGUGGACCAGUCGCCGCGCUGAGAUCCAGAGCUCUUUCAUGAAGGAGCUGGACGAGGAGCAAAUUAGAAGUCGCGAGGCUAGUGUUGCGGGGAGUGUGAUGGGCGAUGAUGCGGUCAUGGUCGAGAGCCCAAGUGGAAAGAAGAAGAAGAAGGGCAAGAAAUAA